ACGUUAAAAUACCGACUUGUCAAAAUAAACGAAAUUUUAAUAAUUAUUUGUGAUUGAACUCAAAUUGGCCACAGAAAUUGUCCAAAUCCCAAUUAAUUACAAGGUAUUAACUACUUAUUAACUUUCGAGUAAUAAUAAUUAGUAUUCGGAUAAAUAUUACUUUAUCUAGGAUAACAGUCGCAGUUCUAAGAAAAAUUUCCUUUUGUACUCGAGACGUAUUGAUUCUCGUUUUUUAUUAUUGUUUAUGCUCUUGAAUAAAAGUGAUAUAUCGGUAAUGGAUAGUGCUACUUGAACUGAUAAAUAUGAACGGUGACCAAAGCCCCGGCAGCCCAAUUGACAUCAGCGACCGAGAGCAAGCCGUACUGAUGGAUCCCAUCGACCACAACAGAGCGCGGUACCCGUAUUGUAUCGUUUGGACCCCUAUUCCUGUAUUGACAUGGAUAUUUCCUUUACUAGGCCACAUGGGCAUCUGUAUGUCCAAUGGAGUGAUCCGCGACUUUGCUGGUCCAUACUUUGUGUCUGAAGACUUGAUGGCGUUUGGGAACCCCACCAAAUACUGGCAGCUGUCUCCGCACAGAGCUGCCAACGGCCAGGCUGGCUGGGAUGCUGCAGUUUCAGAAGCCUCCGAGAUGUAUAAAAAGAGAAUGCACAUAAUAUUCUAUGACAACUGCCAUUCCCACGUGGCGACAGCUCUGAACAUCAUGAACUACAACGGCUGCAAGAACUGGAACAUGGUCAAACUGGCCUUCUACAUGAUACCAUACUCCAAGUAUGUGAGCUUUGGAGCCUUCUUGAAGACAUGGCUGCCGUUCUGCAUCAUAGUUGCGUUUAUCUGUGGUUUGGCUGCCACUAUAUAAAGCCUCUGUUCUCACCUGGACACAUGAUAUUAUUCUUUCAAAAGGUCCAGGUAGAAGGAGGUUCAUUUUAUUACCAUCCUAGUCUAAAUAAUAUGACUUAAAAUAUUUACUGGUUUACAUAUUAUGUUUUCGUUCUAAAAUAUCUUGGUUUUGUGAAUCUAGAUAUCACCAAGAGUUCUCAAUUUGUUUAAGAUUUAGUUUCAAUUUAUAAGUCUUUUCUCAAUAAACAGUAACCAUCACAUGAAGGUACUCUCUAUUUGGAGGUCUAGUAUGGGAAUCUACGAAAGUAUAUGUUAUGUUAUAAGUUCACAAUGAAGAAUCCUUUUUUUAUAUGACUCUCAUCAUCAUCGCAUCUCAUUAUUUUUGUCGCAAUAAUAUUCCUUUUCCUAUUUGGAAUGUUACAUAACUUUUUGAUUAGCUAUAUCCUUCAUGAAAAUAAUAAUUGAUAUGAAAUAUUAUUUAUUAAAAUUUAAUAGUAAAUAUUUGUAAUUGGGCUGGCUAAGUAUAGCUUAGUCUCAAAUCUAUGGGAAUAUGGGAAAGACUUAUAGCAUGUUAAUUAAUUUUUUAAUUUUUAAAAAUAUAGGUUAAAGGUGUCAGCAUUUUCUAUUGAUGUUAUACCUACUCUUAAAGACUUCCCUUUUGGCUGAAAUCUCUCUAAAAGUGGUAUUUUUCUAGUAAACUUUUACAAUCUGUUUUCAAUUGAAUAUUAUUGAUGUUCGACGCAAUUUUGUAUUUUAAAUCAUGUGUAAUCGUAGAUUUAUUGUGUAAAAUAUAAUAUUCUAGAUAUAGAACCGGCCCAAUAAGAAAUGAAUAUAAUUUUCGCCAAUUCUCAUGUUGUGUCAAAACAAAGAUAAUAUGUGGUUUUGGAAGAAUUCCACUCAUAUAAAAUAAUAUUCAUUUCUUUUUGGCACAGAGUAAAGUAGACAUUGUAGAGAUAUUAUUUUUAAUUUAUCAAAGACUUAUAUUUGCUUCAAAUGCUGAAGGAUUUAGUUUCGAUUUUGUUCAGAAUGCUAACAAAACAGAAGACUUAUGUUUUACAGAAAAGUGAAGGUCUUUGAUUAGAUCUUUGUACACCAGUGUUAUUUUAUUCCAUGUAAUUAAUUAUAUAAGUGAUGCACAUGUGGUUAGCUUGGAUGUGUAGAAAUUAUUAUUAUUAUGUAAAUAAACAUAUUAUGGAACAGUCCACUUUUGCUUUAUGGUACAAUACUGGUCAAAUGUUAAGUGAUUAUAUACUACUUUAUUUUAUUUAUCUACUUUAGGCACAUGUGUUUGCUUGCUUAAAGUGAGCUCUGUAUUUCUGUCCAAUACAAGUUAAUAGUCAAACACACAAAUAUAUUUAUAUGUAUAUAAUCCAUCCAAAGAGCAGAUAGUUAAGCUAUGAUUGUGCUAGUUAAAAUACAAUAUGUAAUAUAUUUAAAACAUAUUUAAUUUUCUUUUGUGCAAGAAUGUUAGAACCAAGUUACUUAAAAGACUAUAACAUUUCAUUUAUUUUUUAAAUGCUGGUUGAUUGUAGAUAAUUAUAAGUUUUGUUAUUGUUAUAUUUUAAUUUAGUUAUAAAUGUAGUUAAUAGCAGAAACAAUUUAUUUUUCGUAUUUUUUUUUGUGGGAAAGCCAGUUUAUACUGGUGUAGUUCAAGGCUGGAUUCCUGAUGAACUUAGUCUGGAUAUUAUCACGCUAAUACAACUAGAAGGAAAAAAAAACAGAGAAAAAAGCGAACUGCAUGCCCAUUGCUCAGGUGAAACAAUAGGCCGUUAAAUAAAUGAUUUAUUUUAUCAUAAUUAUCUGUAAAACAGGUUUUAAUGUUACACGCAUUAGAUAUUGUGUUGCCAUGUUAUACACAGGAAUGACUCUAAAAUGUCCUAAAAACGUAAAAUGUAAUAAAUGUCUAUUUUUAAUUGCUACAAUUAUUUGUCUUUGUAUAAUAUAGCUCAAAUUUCAAAUGACUUAACUAUGUAUGGCUUCUAAUUAUAUCUCGGAAAUUAUAUCAGUUUUUAAUAUACAAUUAUACACUCUGUGUAACAGAAUAUGAAUAAUAAAAUCUUGUGAAUUUU